UGUCCGUCUCACCCGGGGUGGAACCAGGGGCGGGGCCAAUCCUGCGCUGGGGGCGGGGCUUCUGGAGCUACGGCUGAGUGGAGAGAAAGUGGAAAGUGAGAAAAUACCUGAAUGGACGAACUGGAAUAAGGAUCGAAGGGACCGCCAUCGCUCCAAGAGUCGAGACAGCAGCAGCCGUGGAGACAAAUCGGUCACCAUACAGACGCCUGCAGAGCCGCUUCUUGAUGCAGAGUCGACCCGUGGAGACGACCGGGAUGAUAACUGGGGGGAGACCACCACCGUGGUCACCGGCACCUCGGAGCACAGCAUCUCCAACGAGGACCUGACCCGCCUCACCAAAGACCUGGAGGAGUCUGCGCCGCUGGAGUGCAAGCGUUUCGUGGGCCCGGCGCUGGGCGGGUGCCUGAGCUUCUUCGCUCUGGUCACGCCUCUGGCCUUCCUCAUCCUCCCGCAGGUCCUGUGGCGGGACGCCCUGAACCCCUGCGGCACGCCGUGCGAGGGCCUCUACGUGUCGCUGGCCUUCAAGCUGCUGGUCCUGCUCAUCUCCUCCUGGGCGCUGUUCUUCCGGCCCCCCCGGGCCACCCUGCCCCGCUUCUUCGUCUUCCGCUGCCUGCUGAUGGUGCUGGUCUUCCUGUUCGUGGCGUCGUACUGGCUGUUCUACGGCGUGAGGGUGCUGGAGCCCAGGGAGCCGGACUACAGGGGGAUCGUGGAGUACGCUGCCUCGCUGGUCGACGCCCUGCUCUUCAUCCAGUACCUGGCUCUGGUUCUGCUGGAGGUCCGGCACCUGCAGCCGGCCUUCUGCCUUAAGGUGGUCCGGAGCACGGACGGAGCCAGCAGGUUCUACAACGUGGGUCACCUCAGCAUCCAGCGAGCGGCAGUCUGGGUGUUGGACCACUAUUACAGCGACUUCUCCGUCUACAACCCCGCCACUCUCAACCUCCCCAAGUCCAUCCUGUCCAAGAAGAUGACCGGCUUCAAGGUCUACUCUCUGGACGAAAACACCACCAACAACUCCACGGGCCAGUCGCGGGCCAUGAUAGCAGCCGCCGCCCGGAGGAGAGACAACUCCCACAACGAGUACUACUACGAGGAGGCCGAGAUGGAGCGCAGGAUCCGCAAACGCAAGGCCAGGCUGGUGGUCGCGGUGGAGGAGGCCUUCACGCACAUCAAGCGUCUCCACGAGGACGAGGCCGCCUCGUCCCCGAAGCACCCCCGAGAGGUGAUGGACCCCCGGGAGGCGGCUCAGGCCAUCUUCGCCCCCAUGGCCCGGGCCAUGCAGAAGUACCUGAGGACCACCCGGCAGCAGGGCUUCCACAGCAUGGAGAGCAUCCUCACGCACCUGCAGUUCUGCAUCACGCACAACAUGACGCCCAAAGCCUUCCUGGAGCGGUACCUGGCCCCCGGCCCGACCCUGCAGUACCAGCAGCAGUCCGGCAGAGGGCGCCAGUGGACUCUGGUGAGCGAGGAGCCCGUGACCUCGGCCCUGCGUCAGGGUCUGGUCUUCUCCCUGCGGCGCCUGGACUUCUCCCUGGUGGUCACGGUGACGCCGCUGCCCUUCCUGCGGCUCGGGGAGGAGUUCAUCGACCCGAAGAGCCACAAGUUCGUCAUGAGGCUCCAGUCGGAGACCUCGGUGUGAAGACGGACGGACUAACACCCCCCGCCUCUGCUGGACGUGACGGGACACUUGACCGUCGUCCAAAUCAGCCCUCCUCUGUUUUUAACGGAGGAACCAAUCAAAAGGAGCCUUUUUUGUUGUUGUUUUCUGGAAACAAACCAACGCUUUCACUUCUCCUCCUGCGAGUGUAAAAAUCCAGUUUUUGAACUAAAAGGGGGCUUUUUUUUUUUCAUGUUUGCCCCCGGUUUCGCUGUAACCACUGAACUACAUUUCUGUGCUGACUCAAGGCUGGAACAUGAGAGGAAGUGGAGAUUACAUCACUUCCUCUCUGGUGUUCUGUAAACAGAGGACCAAAGCUCCAACAAGCAGGCGGAGGCUUUUAUUUUGAAACUUGCAGAAUGUAGCAUUAAGUGCUGUGAGUCUCUUUUUUAAUGUGACUUUUUUAAGAAGAAUGGAUGUACAUUCCUAAUUUUUUAUUUUUAUUUUGCGGAAUUUUUGCUACUCCGGGCUCAAAAUGGUUUUUAAACAAGCAGCUUUUAUAAUUUUAUUUUUUACUACUAGUGUCAGUUUAACAUUUCCUGCUUCAUUUGUAUCUUAUUUGGAUAAAGAUAUUUUAAUAUAAGCCUGGUGUCAUUUUCAGAUCCAGUCAGAUAAACCAGCUAAAUCCAUUUAUAGCUGCAGCCUAAAACGGUGCUGUCAUUUUAUGUAGUUUUUAGCAACAUUACUCAAACGUGAGUGGGUCCUGAAGCUAUGUGUUGAAGGUGAGCUCAGAGAGGAAAGUAUUUGACCAAAAUAAACUGAAUUGUGUUUCCUUUUAAAAUUCGGCUAAAUCGGUUUUUUAAAAACUGGUCAAAUGAACUGUUCAGUGUUCGGGUGGGAUGAUGUGAAAAUAAAAAGCAGUCAGCUGACAGGUCCUCUAAUGUAAACACAGUUUGUUUGAGGCGUUCAGGUGUCACCUGAGUCUCUGUUGUUUCAAGCAACUUCUGCAAAAAUGCAACAAAGAUGCUGAAAAAAUAAGUUGKACAACGUCCUAAAAAGGCCCCGCCCCCUUUUUUUAAAAUUAAAGUUUUAACUAGAUUAUUCAUAAGUUUAAAGCUUAUCUGUUAAAAACACUGAACCUGAUUUUUUAUAGAGUUUGAAGGAUAAAACAUGGAUCAGAAAGUUAUCAAAUCAUUUGAASUUAUCAAAUAGUUUUUAAUUUCUGMGUAACAAGCCGARACGAGCUCAACGUAUUGAUUCUUAUCCAAAUGAUUCAUUCCUUAUAAAGUGUUUAUAGACUCAUGAACAACCUGUGAAUUUCAACACUUCCUCCUGGUUUUUCGGUGACUUCUUCACCGAGAAGUUAUUUUAAGCUGGUUUUCAGGCGACAGGCGGAACUGAGAGGAGUGAUUAAAUGAAAAGAUUAGCUCAUGUUUACUGAGUCAAAACCACGAAACGUCUUCGCACGGCAGCACCUUCAGUCGCGGGGCGGGACUUUAAACGUCAAACCGUAAACAAGUGGAACAUUUUACCAGUUGAAUUGGACUUUAGAGGUUUGGCGGACGUAGGGGUCUAAAUUGGGGGCGUGUGGCCCCGCCGUGGGUCACAAAAACACCAAAUUGGUCCUCGGAUAAGCUGCAGAAAUGUGCUGUUUUUUAAAUUUUUAUUAUUAAUAAGGAUAAAAAAAAUAGGGCUGCGGUUGUUCAGGAUGUUUGUGUCGUUAUUCAAACUAAUUUAAAAGCAAAGUUUAUGUUUUUUAAACUGCGGAUUAAACGGUUUGCGAUCAUUUUGUGGGUCAGAAAUUAAGUUUUAUAAUCAUGGAAUCUGAYGUUUGGACCAGUUUUUUUUUUUACUUUUAAGAAACGUGCAGAAAGUUGUAAUUACGAUUUAAAACCAUGAAGUGAGGCCUUGAUUGAUGAUUUUAAACAAACUUGUGUGAGGAAACCUGUGACGUGGUCACUCAGUGCAGGACAGAAAUGCUUCUGGAGGAGGAGGAGGAAGCGUGUCCUGAUCCAGCUGCUCUGCUUUACGACGUCUUCCUGUUUCAGGAACAACCRGACGUUUGAUUGUAACUUUUCUGUGCAGCUGAUCACCGCCUUCGCCUUGCGCUGCCGGCUGAGUCGAGCCUUGUUCUGCAGGUUUAAACCCCGCCCCCUCACGCCUGUGGGUCGGUUUGCCUUUUAACAAAACAAAUAAAAGCUAUCAUUUAAAAAAAAAACACAUUUUUUCAAUGCACAGCUAUUUUUAAGCUCAUCAACCAUUUUUCUAUCUUUUUACGGUGCCUAAGUUAUGAUGCUGCAGUUUCUCUGAAUGUUUGUACCUAAAGAUUAAAACAAAGCGAGCGGCUUGUAAAGAAAAUUCGUAAUUUGUGUUCCUCCUUUUUGUAACGGUAGCUUGUAUAGUGUGUUUUCUAUUAUUAAACCAUUUAUUCCUUAUGA